GUAGUCAGAGGCUCUUCCGCUCCGGGAAAGCGCAGCCGCCACCAUUCCUUUCGGACUGGGAGGAAGCACUGAGUCACCCCGCGCUAGCACCUCGGAAUGUCCGCUGCAGUUUAUACAGGAAACGUGAGACGAACAUAGUCAUUCUGUCCCACCGCAUCGUUUUCAUCGCCUGUCCUGAAUCCGGAAAGAGGGGAAGGGAAGGACUUCCUGCCUCAGAGCGUAGCCGCAGUUAUGCCUUCUCAGGACUCUGACUUUCCCCAGAAGGAUCAUGAGAGAAUGACCGAGUUUCAGGAGGCCGUGACCUUCAAGGAUGUGGCUGUGGUCUUCACUGAGGAGGAGCUGGGGUUGCUGGACUCAGCCCAGAGGAAGCUGUACCAGGAUGUGAUGGUGGAGAACUUCCGGAACCUGGUCUCAGUGGGCAGCAAGAUCCCAAAUGAGAUGGAGACUCUUGGAAAAGUCAUGUUACAGUACCUCUCAUGUGAAGAGCUGUCCUGCUGGCAAAUCUGGAAACAGGCCGCAAAUGAUUUAACUCUGCAAAGGAAGAGUUUGUGGUUCCUGCAAGGUGAUUCUCUUCAAGUUUCUGAAGAUGAGAACCAUAUAAUGAAUCAUAAAGGAGAUCACUUCAGUUGCCUUGAGAAUCAGGAGUUUUUGAUUCUGACAGCCCAGACUUCUUGUGGGAGUAGGUGUCUGAGCGAGUCAGAGAAUCCAAGCAGAGAUAAACAGAUGAAUGUGAAAAAUCAUCUGCAUGUAUGUGAAGGCUUCACAAAGAAUUCACCACUGAGCAAACCUGGCAAAACUGACGCAAAACAGACACCCUGCAAAGGAGAGAGACCGCGUCCCUGUAGAGUGUGUGGGGAGGGCGUCAGUCAUGGCACAGUGCUCCCAGUUCAUCAGAAGGUUGACCCUGGAGAAGAAUGCUCCCAUCUGCAGACUCAUCAGAAAAUUCACCCAGGAGGGACUGUCAAUAAUUGUCCUGAAUCCGGCGAUUAUUUCCAUCCGAACUCCUUUCACCCCCAUCACUCUAACCCCACAGGAGAAAAGUCCUACAGGUGUGACAGUUGUGGCAAGGCCUUCGGUAGCAGCACAGGCCUCAUCAUCCAUUACCGGACGCACACAGGGGAGAAACCUUACAGAUGCGAGGAGUGCGGUAAAUGCUUCAGCCAGAGUUCCAAUUUUCAGUGCCAUCAGCGAGUCCACACGGAAGAGAAGCCCUACAAGUGUGAAGAGUGCGGGAAGGGCUUCGGCUGGAGCGUCAACCUCCGUGUUCACCAGCGGGUCCACAGGGGCGAGAAACCCUACAAGUGUGAGGAGUGCGGGAAGGGCUUCACGCAGGCCGCCCAUUACCACAUACACCAGAGGGUCCACACCGGGGAGAAGCCCUAUAAGUGUGACGUCUGCGGCAAGGGGUUCAGUCACAACUCGCCUCUGAUUUGCCACCGGCGGGUCCACACUGGAGAGAAGCCCUACCGGUGUGAGGCCUGCGGCAAAGGCUUCACCCGGAACACGGACCUCCACAUCCACUUCCGCGUCCAUACAGGGGAGAAGCCCUACACCUGCAAGGAGUGUGGGAAGGGCUUUAGUCAGGCUUCAAAUCUCCAGGUCCACCAGAACGUCCACACCGGGGAGAAGCGGUUCAAGUGCGAGACGUGCGGGAAAGGCUUCAGCCAGUCCUCCAAGCUCCAGACCCACCAGCGAGUCCACACCGGGGAGAAGCCCUACAGGUGCGACGUGUGCGGCAAGGACUUCAGUUACAGUUCCAACCUGAAGCUGCACCAGGUCAUUCACACCGGAGAGAAACCAUACACCUGCGAGGCGUGCGGGAAGGGCUUCAGCUGGAGGUCCAACCUUCAUGCUCAUCAGCGAGUCCACUCGGGAGAGAAGCCCUACAAAUGUGAGGCGUGUGACAAGAGCUUCAGUCAGGCCAUAGACUUCCGGGUCCAUCAGCGGGUCCACACAGGCGAGAAACCCUACAAGUGUGGUGUCUGCGGGAAGGGCUUCAGCCAGUCCUCGGGUCUUCAGUCCCAUCAAAGGGUCCACACUGGGGAGAAGCCCUACAAAUGCGAUGUGUGUGGGAAGGGCUUCCGAUACAGUUCCCAGUUUAUUUACCACCAGAGGGGCCACACUGGUGAAAAGCCUUACAAGUGUGAGGAGUGUGGGAAAGGCUUCGGGCGGAGCCUGAACCUUCGCCACCACCAGAGGGUCCACACAGGAGAGAAACCCCACAAGUGUGAGGAGUGCGGGAAGGCCUUCAGUCUCCCCUCCAAUCUUCGAGUCCACCUGAGCGUCCACACCCGGGAGAAACUGUUUAAAUGUGAGGAUUGUGGGAAGGGCUUCAGUCAGAGUUCUCGGCUUCAAGCCCACCAGAGGGUCCACACAGGAGAAAAACCCUACAAGUGCGACGUAUGCGGUAAGGACUUCAGUCACCGUUCACGGCUGACAUACCAUCAGAAAGUCCACACUGGCAAGAAUCUUUAAAAAUGAGAAACGUGUUGACGGCUUCAGUCAGGAUACACAGAUUGAGGGUUUUGGAGAGUCCAUGCUGGUGAUAAACUAUAAAGCAGGGGUCUCCAACCUCUAAGAUCUAAUGCCUGAUGAUCUGAGGUGGAGCUAAGGAUGUGCUUGAAUCAUCCCAAAACCAUUCCUCCUACCUCUGGUCCUUUGAAAAAUUGUCUUCCACACAACCAGUCCCUGGUGCCAAUAAGGUUGGGGUCCGCUGCUAUAAAAUGUUGAGAUGGAAAGGGAUUCCUUCAGGUGGCUCUUUCUAGCAAGUCCAUUAAAAUGGUUGGUAACAUAGAACCAUAGAUAGUAACAGGGAAAAAAUAGGUUGUAACCCUCUUGGUAAGAUCCACUUGAUUUAAAUGAUCUCUCAGAGUGAAUAUUGGAGAAGGAAAUGGCAACCCACUCCAGUAAUCUUGCCUGGAAAAUACCACGUACAGAGGAGCCUGGCAGGCUACAGUCCGUGGGGUCACAAGAGUCAGACACAACUUAGCAACUAAACCAUCCACCACUACAAAGUGAAUAUAUGCCUAAAGAUAAUGUGUGAAAAGGAUAUUUGCCAUAUAUUAGCUAGUUUUUUGGUGGGAGGGUGGGAGUCAAGGAAGACUUGGGGUUAUUUUUUCAUCAACUUCCAUUUUAUACUUAUUUAUAAUGGCCAUUUUUUUUUUUACUAAUACUGUAAAACUAUGAAAAUGAAUAAAAUACUAAAAGUUUCAUAUAGCCAA